GUUCAGGUUACCUGUUUGAUCUAUAGCAGAUGCAUAAGCAAAUUGUUACAAUUUGAUUUAUUUUGUCAAUAAUCAGUUCGACUUUUCACUACGUUGCAUGCUAACUAACGGGAAAGCUAUAACCAGUUCGUCAGUGAUUAGCUGCACAUAAAUCAAAAGAUUUAUCCCAGUUUCAGACUGACCAAAUCAUAUCAACAUCUAUGAUAAUUUCAUGAUUUCUUUUGACGUAAAACUCUUGUUUUAUAAAGUAUUAUAUAUUUAAUCCAUAAUCAAGAUCUUUCUGUAUUCCGAAAUCUCAUGUCUACCAAUAUUAUAUUUCAAACAACUGUCAAUUAUGUACAUGAAUGAUGUUCAGUAUCAGUUUGACAGUUAUCAAAAAUCGUCAAACUGAUGGUGCAGCAACGAUAAGUCCUUUAGAUCUUGUUCUAGUAAGUAUUUUUUUCAUAGCUAAUCUUUUGAAGACCAAGUUCAAAGGAGCAACAGAUGAAACGGCAUAUUAUUUGAGGUAUCUUGGCGACGUAAUUAUCAUAUCUAAUAUUCAGAAAUAUUCAAAACACAUGCUAAAGAUUUUCAAUAUGGCUCAUAUACAGUUUACCAUAAAAAAUAGUGAUAAAUCCUGCUUUUUUGAAAUCCUGGUGCGAAAUAUGGAGGAUUAAAUAACUUAUCUAAAUCUUACCAGCUUUUGUACAUUAAGAUAAGUUACUAAUUAAAAUAUCAUUCUAUAAAACAGAAAGAAUCUGUGACGUCAAUAAACUAUGAAAGUAAGAGAUGAAAAUCUAAAAAGUGUCUACAGAACAACAUGUAACCACAAAAAUUUCCUGCUAAAUACAAGAGAACUGAAGAAAAGAGCCUAAAGAAACUACCGUACUAUAAUUUGAAGUCAAUAGUGUUGAAUCAUAAAUCAGCUGAAGACUAAAAACUACAUUAAUCAAGAUAUGUUCUAGAUCCAAACUAAUCGUCGAGUACAAAAUAUGUUUGUCGAAGCAAAUUAUGAUCAUUAGAUUUACCGUUCAUGUUAUCUCCAACUGUAUAUAGGCUUACAUGUACCUGUAAAAGAAGUUAUUUUGAGAGAAUAGAAAGAAGGACCUGAGUCAGCCUAUAUAGGAUUUAUUUCAAAUAGAAUAAAAACUUUACUAGGCUCUGUUUCAAGACACCUAUUUGGUACAACCCAUCAGAUUGACACUUUACAACCUUUCAAGGUGAUUUAUAUUCAAUAAGUUUCAUUAAAUUUGCUCGGUAUAUGUUCAUUAUGAUAUCUAUCAUGAAAUAAAUGAAUCAUUUGAUUCCUUAUAGUUCACAUUUUACCUUCACAUGAUCCAAUUGCAUCUGUUUUUGUUUUAAAAAAAACCCGGAAAGAUUAGCGCUUUUGUUUAUUACCAUAAACGUAGUCUGAAAAUUCGUAUAAUUCUAGUAUAAAAAUCACAUUUAUUAUAUAGACACUUACAAAACUAUUAAGAUUCACCGCUCAUUUACUUAUUGUAUUACUAACGGACGAAAAAUACUGGUUUAUUGAAUCUUACAACAUGAAUUAUUGAAUUCCUAUGAAUAAACUCACGUGAACUAUCAUGUUUGUGAAAUAUAUAUGUAUAUACCUACAUUUAUGCAUUGUUACUUAUCAUUAAGAACAUCCAGGCUUCAAAUUACGUUGUUUACAUAAAUACAAUAUUUAAUAGACAACAAACAAACUAGAAAGUGAGAAAACCUUUUAUUAUUCCAUUCAAACAUUGUCACUACUUCACAUAUUAUUUGUACGAGGAAAAAAAACAAGCAAAGUAACACCAUUGUACAACAUUUCCCAAUUCUUUUUCUAUCAACAUGCUGAAAUGUGAUAGUAUUUGGAAUUUAAGAAAUAAAUUUCUAAUAUUAUUAGCCAUGUUACUUAUUCCUUUGUAUAUAUCACUGGAAUUAUGUUUUUUUAUUUCUGAUCAGUAUGUAUUUUACAGAUGCGCGAUAGACGAAGGUUUAUCAUAUGACGUAAAGGAUGGGAAAUUUGAAUUGAUCGCAAGCAAUGAAUCAGAUAAACUUUUACUUAAGGAAGGGCAACGUAGAGCUGCUUGGAUUGGUGCAUGCAAUCAUUCAGUGAGAUUAUUAUUUGGUUUAUUGACAACAAUGAUAAUUGGUUACAUAUCUGACCAUUUUGGCCGUCGUUUGUCAUUAGGUAUCAUGAUCAUCGGAGAAGCAUUACAAAUAAUCACACUGAGUGUGGUUGUUCUACUCCAAGCUAAUCCAUGGUUAACAGUUAUCCCUGGUUUAUUCGAUGGAUUUAUAGGAGGUGGUUUGUUAUCGAUUCAAGCACAAGUUUCAGCAUCAUUAACGGAUUUAGUGUGUAAAGAAUCAAUAGAUAAUAAUGAUGUAACAAAUAGUCAAUUAACUAAUCAAAAUAAUUUAUGGACUUUAUUCACUUGGUUCGAUGGACUUGCUUUAAUAAGUUUAUCACUUUCAAAUCCUAUAGGAGGUACCCUUCUUUAUCGAGGCGGUUUUCAACUACCAGUUAUCAUCUGUAACAUUUUGGUUGGGAUUAGUUUAUUGAUAAUAUUUUUUCUGCCUGAAUCGAACAUAGUAUUUCGUCCGAAAUGUUUAAAUAUAGACACUUUAAAUAAUGAUCAAGAUUGUAAAAACGAGAGUAGUAAUAUAGAGAUUGUUUUUGUACGUAGCAGAAAUUUAUCAUUUUGGGAAGUGAAUUGUCAAAAUAUUCAAAACAGUUUCAAGAUCCUAAGUGGAAAAUAUAAACAACACAUGCUAACUGGAUUUAUUGUAUUUUUGUUAUCUACUGUUACAUCAACGGAUUUGUAUAUUAUAUACAUAUAUCUAAUGGGAUAUCCAUUUUUAUGGAAUUCACAGGAUGUUGGAAUUUAUUCUGGUGUAACUGAUAUAGUUUCUGCAAUCAUCGCACUUAUUUUCACACUUUUAAUGGCUCGAAUCAUACAUAGACCAAUAUCAAAAUCAAGUCAUUCAAUCUCUCAGAAUAUAUCUGAUACGAAUGAUAAUUAUAAACAAUUUCAUAAAGUUAAAUGUCAGUCUGUCAAAUUCCUUUUAAAAAUACUAAUUUUCAGUAUUUUUAUGAUGUUCAUGAACCGAACUAUACUUGGUAUAUCAUAUCUGUUUAAUACAUUUACAGCUAAUACUUUAGUUUAUAUCGCUACCAUACCAAGAUUUGCUAAAGGGUUGAAUAAUCCAAUACUAAGAACCCUUAUAUCCAUGUGGACUGACCAGUCAAAGCAGGGUAUGAUACAUUCAUUUGUGGCGUUUGUAUCACGAUUGGGCGUACUUACUUGUUUUUCUGUAUUAAUUUCAAUCUAUUCUUCAACAACUGAUCUAUUCCCUGGUGCUGUAUUCUUGGUCUGUUCCAGUUUGAUAAUUAUUGCACUGAUAACAACUGGAUUUUUAUAUGGAUCAACCAAUAAAAAUAUGAAUAUCAGUCAGAUGGAAAACACUUCAGAGAAUAUAUAUGAUGAACAAACCAAAAUUUCGAAAUAGUGUAUUAAAGUUAUAUUUUUUUACAUUUCAAUAAACUCUACCUGUUAUAUCCGAGCGAAGAUUAAAUCACGAGUAAUUUCUGAGACAUGUUAAUUGACUAAUAUGAUCUAUACAUUUUUAUGGUAUAACUAUUCAAUAACUCGAUUAUGUAUAUUUAUAUUCCUCUUAUUAUAAGCUUUAUUUUGACCUAUAAUUUAUUAUUGUACGAUUUACUGUUCUUAAGCUAUGUUCAGUUUAUUGACUACCACCUCCCAUGUUCACAGCCACUUUUUUGGCUUUAUUGUGUACAAAUGUUAUUUCCUAUUUUAUGGUGCGUUGCGGUCUGUUUGAUUGAUAUAUAAACUCAGUAUGUCUGAAAUAAAAGAUUCGAUUCGC